UUACAGUUUUGAGCCAAAAUGGCGGACGAGAAUGACAUGAGGAAUGAGCUGACCAACCUGCAGGAGCGAGCGGACCAGCUGACCGACGACUCGUUGGAGAGUACUCGGCGCAUGCUGCAGCUGGUGGAGGAGAGUAAAGAUGCCGGUAUCAGGACUCUGGUUAUGCUGGAUGAACAGGGAGAACAACUGGAGCGCAUUGAGGAGGGAAUGGAUCAGAUCAACAAGGACAUGAAGGAAGCAGAGAAGAACCUGACGGACCUGGGGAACCUCUGUGGGAUUUGUCCUUGUCCCUGUAACAAACUGAAAGAGCGAGGACAGAAUUGGGGAAACAAUCAGGACGGCGUUGUUUCCAGCCAGCCUGCUCGUGUAAUGGAUGAACGUGAACAGAUGGCCAUCAGCGGGGGAUUUAUUCGCAGGGUAACGAAUGAUGCGCGGGAGAAUGAGAUGGAUGAGAAUCUGGAGCAGGUUGGCAGCAUCAUCGGGAAUCUGCGUCACAUGGCUCUGGACAUGGGCAACGAGAUCGACACUCAGAACCGCCAGAUCGACAGGAUCAUGGAUAUGUCUGAUUCCAACAAAACGAGGAUCGAUGAGGCCAACCAGCGCGCCACAAAAAUGCUGGGAAGCGGAUAAACAUCUGCAGAAAUUGCUUUCAACCUUCUUCUGUCCCACUUCCUGUCUGUUUCCUCUUCUAUAUAGUCACUUCAUAGCUUUAAACACAUGUAUACACACACACACACACACACACACACACACAUAUGUAUACACACGCACAUAGACACAUACUUAUCGUAGAAAUUGCUGUUCUGUGUUGUAUUGUACUGAAGAGUGAUUCAUGAUUCAUUUCUUUUAAAUGACUCUUUUAAGUACAUCAUGUGAAUCGAUUCACAAUCACAAAAGAAUCUCACACUGAUUCUGCAUUCAGAAAAAUUCCACAGUGAAUUUUUUUCACCUCCUGCCACUUAACGUUUCUAAUUGUUUGGUGCCAGAACAAAUCUUUGGUGCCAGACCAAAACCACAAUUUAGAGGUCUCCAAAUUCUUGUGUCUCCUUUUGUCCUUAUAUGGUCAAAACUCUGAAUAUUCAUCAGCACAUUAAAAUUCUUUUCACACAACCACACCCACUUUGCUUUCUCUGUGUGAACAAGCACAAUCUUAUAGUUAGUGUAUAGUUUAUAGUAGGUUAUACUUAUAGAUCGUCGACACCUGCUCCGUGUUUCAGCUCGGCCGCUCUGAGUGGUGAAUCAAACGAAUCAAAUUGAAUCUGACUCACUUAAGUGAGUACAUAGAAAGAGUUGAAUCAGGAUAUUCAUCACUCACUGAUAUUCUGUGUAAUUACAUGCUGUAAAUACACACUCACUCCAUUCCACACAUGUAACUGUAUGUAUAUGUAACUGUAUGUAUAUGUAUUCAUUUUGUUGCUGUUGUUGUUGUUGUUAUUUUUAAAAAAUAUUUUAUGUAUUUUAUUUAAAUCCUUCCUGAAUAAGCUGCAACAACAGAUCACUACACAUCUUAGCAUAUUCCAUCUUUCACACUUUCUCUCUCUCUCUAUAUAUACAUACUGUAUAUGUGUUUAUUUACUAUACUAUGUUAUAUCAUAUUAUAUUAUAUACACACUCAUAGUAAAUAGCUGACAGUAGUGUAGCGUAGUUUGUGUCUCCAGCUUUUUAUGUAAAUGUUGAAUUUGCACAUGAGAUAAAAUAGAUGAAGAGGAAAGGAAAGAGUGUAUUGGAAUAAAUGAUGACUCUCUCUGUGUGUGUGUGUGUGUUUGUGUGUGUGUGUGUGUGUGUGUGUGUGCCCCUCCAUGACUUUGAUGAUGUCAUCAUGUUGCUCCAUGUUCAACAUGUUUGAUAAAGCAGCAGGUGAAAACACACCAGUGUGUAACCGAGCUCAAACAGAUGGAAAAGUACGACGUGUGAGAUUUAAUCCACUUUCUAUCCGAAAGCUCUGAUGUGCUUCAUCACGACAGUUUAUCUGAUUUAAAACAUUAAUUCCUGCAAACUUUACUACAGUGUCACACUUUGUGUUCAACUCAGUGGAUGGCGUAUAUUAUGAAGAAAAAAGACAAGAAAAUACAUCAGUACACCAGUGGAGCUGCGUGUGUGCUUUAUAAAGAUCUGUAAAGAAGAAAAUAACGUGAAAUAAAGUGUCUGCUUUUCUCCAAGUGGAACGACUCAGCUGA